CUCCAUUUAUCUCAGCUCUCUCAUCUCAUAAAUCAUAUCGAGGAGUAAUUAACAGAUAUGGAUCUAGCUUUUCCGCACGUUUGUUUGUGGACGCUACUCGCCUUUGUGCUGACUUGGACAGUGUUCUACGUCAACAACAGGAGGAAGAAGGUGGCGAAGUUACCCGAUGCGGCGACAGAGGUGAGAAGAGACGGUGAUGCUGACGUCAUCAUCGUCGGAGCUGGUGUUGGAGGUUCAGCUCUCGCCUACGCUCUUGCAAAGGAUGGGCGUCGAGUACAUGUGAUAGAGAGGGACAUGAGGGAACCAGUGAGAAUGAUGGGUGAAUUUAUGCAACCCGGUGGACGACUACUGCUUUCUAAGCUUGGUCUUGAAGAUUGUUUGGAGGGAAUAGAUGAACAGAUAGCCACAGGCUUAGCAGUUUAUAAGGACGGACAAAAAGCACUCGUGUCUUUUCCAGAGGACAACGACUUUCCUUAUGAACCUACUGGUCGAGCUUUUUAUAAUGGCCGUUUUGUCCAGAGACUGCGCCAAAAGGCUUCUUCGCUCCCCACUGUACAACUUGAAGAAGGGACUGUAAAAUCUUUGAUAGAAGAAAAAGGAGUGAUCAAAGGAGUGACAUACAAGAAUAGUGCAGGCGAAGAAACGACUGCAUUUGCACCUCUCACAGUGGUAUGCGACGGUUGCUAUUCAAACCUUCGUCGGUCUGUUAACGACAACAAUGCGGAGGUUAUAUCGUACCAAGUUGGUUACGUCUCAAAGAAUUGUCAGCUUGAAGAUCCUGAAAAGUUAAAAUUGAUAAUGUCUAAACCUUCCUUCACCAUGUUGUAUCAAAUAAGCAGCACCGAUGUUCGUUGUGUUAUGGAGAUUUUCCCCGGCAAUAUUCCUUCUAUUUCAAAUGGCGAAAUGGCUGUUUAUUUGAAAAAUACUAUGGCUCCUCAGGUACCUCCAGAACUCCGCAAAAUAUUUUUGAAAGGAAUUGAUGAGGGAGCACAAAUUAAAGCGAUGCCAACAAAGAGAAUGGAAGCUACUUUGAGCGAAAAGCAAGGAGUGAUUGUGUUGGGAGAUGCAUUCAACAUGCGCCACCCAGCGAUUGCCUCUGGAAUGAUGGUUGUAUUAUCUGACAUUCUCAUUCUACGCCGCCUUCUCCAGCCAUUGCGAAACCUCAGUGAUGCAAAUAAAAUAUCAGAAGUUAUUAAGUCAUUUUAUGUCAUCCGAAAGCCAAUGUCAGCGACGGUGAACACGCUAGGAAAUGCAUUUUCUCAAGUGCUAAUUGCAUCUACGGACGAAGCAAAAGAAGCGAUGCGACAAGGCUGUUUUGAUUACCUCUCUAGUGGCGGCUUUCGCACGUCAGGAAUGAUGGCUCUGCUCGGUGGCAUGAACCCUCGACCACUCUCUCUCAUCUUUCAUCUAUGUGGUAUUACUCUAUCCUCCAUUGGUCAACUGCUCUCUCCAUUUCCAUCUCCUCUUGGCAUUUGGCAUAGCCUCAGACUUUUUGGUUUGUCUAUGAAAAUGUUGGUUCCUCAUCUUAAGGCUGAAGGGGUUAGCCAAAUGCUGUCUCCAGCAUACGCAGCCGCGUAUCGCAAAAGCUAUAUGACCGCAACCGCUCUCUAAGCAUCGAUGAUAAGAACCGCGAAUGAUACUAUGACAUAUUUGGAGCGCUAGUAUUUUGUGGUUUUGCAUCCGUUAAAAAUUUAAAAUGUGUUGCUGUGUGUUUACUAUUAUUAGUGUAUUAACUGGAAAAUACCCGUGGGUAUAUUCUAAAUGUAUAAAAUAUUGUGAUAAAUAAAACGACUCUCCGUUUGGUUGGACGUGUGA